UCCCUUUCACCCGAAUGUUCUCCCUUCAAGCAGCGUUAUGACUCUUGUUUCAACCUUUGGUUUGAGGGCUACCUACAACCCGCUCUGGACAGCUCCAAUAUCUCACGAAUAUCCUCUACUCCCAUCAAAGCUGAAGAGUACGAAAUGGCAUGUGGGCAAGCCUGGAGAGAGUACCAAAGCUGUUUGAAGGUAGCGAUCAAGCAGAAUGCUAGUCUAUCAACUCUGUUGGACCAGGCCAGGGAGGAACACCCAUUACAUGAUCUUGUGGGACUACGUGGAACCGCCUGGGACCCUCAGACGCCCAUCACCCCAGUGGAAUGA